GGAAAAGGUUGAACAGAAUUGUAAAUUUUUGGAAUCUCUUUUGUUAUAUACUAGAAAAACAGUGUGGAGAUACCGACUAUAGUGGCAAUACUGAAACUGCCGACUAUAUGUUUAGCCUUGUCGGCACUUAAAUCUUGUAGACAGUCUUAAAGACUGAGACAACUUCUUUCUAGAUGUUAAAGGAUGUUUUGCAUCCUGUAUUGCCGGUAAAAACGUGAUUUAAGGUCUAACGUUGUUUGGACGUUUAACCUUGUUCAAUCCGAACACGCUGGAUAAGUGUUAAUGUGUUGGUGUUGUUGUUUACGUUCGAUGCUAACAAUUUUCCUCUAAUGAUUCACUGAUAAACGUGGAUUAACAUUUACAGCGCGUGUCAUCGUUCUGCAAACUUCUUCAGUGCAACACUGAAGUCAUACAGACGUUGCUGCUUCGCUGAAAUAGUCGUGUUGGAAAGCUGUCGGGUUUACCAAUCGAAACCUGUCAGUGUACAUUCUGGCACAGCCCGUACAAUGUACAAGAUGUUUCCCCAAACCCACCAAUCGUCGGGAGGCAGGAAAGGCUUUCUUGAGACAAUUUCUGAACAGUGAUUUUAGGAUCCAGUCGAGUACUCGCGCUAGACAAGCCGUGGGGAGGAUUCUUGUAUUGUCUUUAAAGUUAUGAACCGCCAAGAGGAAGAGAAGAGCUGAUAGCUGUGCUCUUUAACCGUAGCCUUCUGCGGAAGUCGACUUGGUGUUGUCAUAAGUGAUUUGAUGCCGGAAGGCAGUCUUGAUUGAUUCCCUUGACAGUUUCAUUCUUUGUUUUCACCUCCACCUGAAACGUUAAAGCUAUGUCGUUUCACAUAUGUUUUCUGUAUUCCUUUAACUGAACUCACUUUGCUAAAUAAUGGCGAUUAGCAAUAUAACCCAAAGCGCUGAUGCCAACAAUACAGAUCACACACUGACUUACGAUCAAAUCUCGGAACUGGAUGGGACUGCAAAUUACCACGAAUGGAAAUGCAUGUUUGACUACUUCAAGGGAACACAGAUUCCAGAUCUCCAUUGUCCAGCAGUGUGGGACGGCUAUACAUGCUGGCCAGCGACUAAGGUCAACACCACUAUCUACAGGCCGUGCCCCAAGGUCGUCGAGCUCAACACUUCCGAAGUCGAGACGGCCCACACCGCGGGGUUUCUAGUUUCCAUGACAGACGAAGCGAAUUUUCUUCCCUUCUAUCUGGAGAACGACUUUCAAGAGCCAUUGGCCCACCGCACUUGUGAUGCCCAUGGGUACUGGGAAGGUAACUGGACAAACUAUCGCCCCUGCCUUGAAGAAAUGUACAUACCUGAGGGGCCGAACUCUGACAUCAGCGUGCACACAGCCACAAUUCUCAGAGACAUCUAUUUUGUGGGAGGAUGCAUAUCACUCGUCUUGCUCGUCUUGACGCUUUUUAUUUUUUGUUACUUCAGAUCUUUACAGUGCAGUCGGAUAUCAAUCCACAAAAACCUGGUGGUGUCUUUCAUUAUACGGUUUGUGCUGGAUAUCGUCAUGUACGAACCUUAUAUCUCGGGUCGAAAAGAGAACACAUACGGAGACGUGGAAUGGCUAUGUAAGCUCCUCAAAGCCAUCGCUCAAUGGGCCCUCCUGGCCAACUUUUUCUGGAUGUUCGUCGAGGGGCUUUUCCUACACAACCGUAUCGUCGUAUCCGUCUUCAGCAAUGUUGCACCCUUCAAACUGUUCCAUUUUAUAGGCUGGGGUAUGCCAGUACUAGUAACAGUGGCCUGGGCUGUCUGUCUUGUAUAUUUCCACGAUGCUCAAUGUUGGCACAACUUUUCCGACCAGCCCUACAUGUUCAUCAUAUAUGGUCCGGUUGUUGUAUCCUUGUUUGUCAAUGUGUGUUUCCUUAUAAGCAUCAUACGGGUACUAAUAAUUAAGCUUCGAGCUCACAACACUGUAGAGACUGCUCAGAUAAGGAAGGCGAUUCGCGCGACUGUGGUCUUGUUUCCUCUGCUAGGAAUCACAAACCUCUUCUUUGUAAUUGAGCCUCAAGGUAGCACUGUCCUUCGUGACGCCUAUCACAUUUCAAAUGCCAUCCUCCACUCAUCACAGGGUAUCUUUGUAUCGGUGUUAUAUUGUUUUAUGAACGGCGAGGUGCGGUCAGCCAUUUGGAAGAAGUGGUACCGAUUUAACAUGAUCCGUUUGCCGAACACACGCUACCGUAGGAGAAGCUCAAGAACAUCCUCUUUCUUCCUGUCGCAAACUGAGAAUACCGUUCGUGACACGGCCUUGUGACACGGCGUUCCCCGAAGACAUAACACCCUCUGUACAUAGUGGUUAAAUCAUUUGUGUGGGCGUAUAUAAGCAUACAUUAACUUUUAAACGAUGAAUCUUGUGAGACCAUGUCUCUGUCGUCGAUUACAUCAGUGUACAGAAAUUUCGUGUGAGUAAGACAUACCUUGUAAUAUAAAGGCAACGGUUAUACGGUUUAUACAUGUACAUACUAUUCUUAAUAUCAGAUACAUUAAUUUGGUUUAUUCACAUUAAUAUAUGCAUAUGCUUUAUGUAACUUAAAUUUUGUUUUUAUGUGUGGUAUGUACAUAAUAAACAUAGA